UAACAACUGCAUUUUGCAAAAUAACUCAUGGAUUUUGUUAUUAGUAUUAUUUUUAUUGAAAACAACAAUUAUUUUUAGUUUUAAAUUUGUUGCUUUAAAGGAACGACUCAAUAUUUAAAAUGUUAUUGCUUUUAAUUGGGGCUGUAGUAGUCACAUGUAUAUACUAUUACAUACAAGGAGUAAAUUUUUGGAGGAGACAGGGUGUACCACAAGGAUCGAUAAAAUAUAAUUUUGUAGAGAUGCUCAACUUUUUUUUCCAGAGAAAAAGCUUUGCCGAGACAAUUUAUUUGGAUUACAAUUUAGUUCCUAAUAGUAGGUAUACUGGUUUUUAUUCAUCCAAACUGCCAAUUUUAAUGAUAAAAGAUCCAGAUCUAAUUAAAGAUAUUACUGUUAAAAAUUUCGAUCACUUUCCAGACCAUACAAAUGUAUUUUCAGAAAUAGCUGAACCUUUGUGGGGAAGAAAUCUGUUUGCAUUAAAAGGUCAAAAAUGGCGUGACAUGAGACCAAUUCUUAGUCCCUCAUUUACUAGUAGCAAGAUGAGAUCAAUAUUUCUGUUAAUUACUGAAUGUGCCGAAAGUUUUUCAGAAUAUUUUUUGAAAAAAGGAAAUAAUAUUAUUGAAAUUGAACUGAGAGACAGUUUUACGCGUUUUACAAAUGAUGUUAUAGCUACAACAGCAUUUGGUAUCAAAAUGGAUUCAUUAGAAAAUAAGAAUAACCGCUUCUAUAGAAUGGGAAAAGAACUGACUAAUUUUGCUACUGGAGUUUCCAACGGAAUAAAACUUUCACUCUUUGUUCUGUUUCCUAAGAUAUUCGAGAUACUUAAAAUAGGACUAUUUAAGAAGGAAGUAACCAAAUUCUUCAUCGAUAUAAUUGACGAUACUCUAAAAACCCGAAAAGAAAAUAAAAUCGUACGCCAAGAUAUGAUACAUUUGCUAAUGGAGGCUCAGAAAGAAUUAGAAAAUAAGGAUGUUGAAAUAGAAGAAUCCAGUUCCGCACCUCAAACUAAAGCUCAUUUAGUGCAACAAAGAGAACUGACCAAUUUCGACAUUGCUGCUCAAGCUCUUAUAUUCUUCUUUGCUGGUUUUGAAACGGUAUCUGCGUUAAUGUGUUUUAUGGCUUAUGAAUUAGCAGUUAGUCCAGAAAUACAACAAAGACUUAGAGAUGAAAUUGAAGAAACUUUGAAAAAUUGUCAAGGAAAUUUAACAUACGAAGCAUUGUUGAAAAUGAAAUAUAUGGAUAUGGUCGUAUCAGAAUCAUUGAGAAAAUGGCCGACUGCUGUAGCGGUAGAUAGGGAAUGUGUUAAACCUUACACUAUUGAACCAAAAUUACCUGGGGAAAAACCAGUAUAUAUCAAAGAGAAAGGACCAAUAUGGAUCCCUAUCUAUGGAAUCCACCAUGAUCCAAAAUUUUAUCCAGUACCAGAAAAAUUUGAUCCCGAUAGAUUUAGUGAUGAAAACAAAAGAAAAAUUAAUGCUUAUACGUACUUACCUUUUGGACUGGGACCAAGAAACUGCAUAGGGUCUAGAUUUGCUCUGCUUGAAAUAAAAACGGUGUUCUUUCAUCUCUUGCAUAAUUUUGCUAUAGUACCAACUAACAAAUCUAUAAUACCUGUUAAAUUGUCGGCAAAAGGCUUUAGUUUGACAGCAGAAGGAGGCUUUUGGUUUGGAUUGAAAAAAUUAAAAAUUAAAAAUAGGAAAUACUGUUAAUAUUGUUGAUUUAAGUAAAGAGCCAAUUACCACGAUGUGUAUGCCAACAAAAUAUUUAGAUCAAUAAGAUUUAAAAUAUAUAUUAUUUUAUACCCGAUUACUUUGACAUUUUAAUAGUGAUUGUAAUUUGGAAGACAAAUACAAAAAAAAAUAUAUGUACAUAUACUUCAUAAUUUAAAAAAUAACUUUAAUCAAAUUUUGGGAAUCGUAAAUAUUUCACUUGCCCAAGAGGCCACGUAUACUUUUUAAUAUAAUUUUUUUGUCUAACAUUUAAUUUGAAUUUGUUUGGCGUAAACGAAUUUAACGAAUCUAAUGCUAUAAACUUUAUUUUUCAUGUAAUAAAUAGUCGUAAUUCAAAUAAAUAAUAAGUAAAGUUCACUUUCAACUCAACUAUUUAGAGCUGCUGUUUUUGCGCCAUUUUGCCGCGUCACAAUAAAGCGAUUAUUUCUAUUGGUCGCUAAAAAAUCGGUGAUACUAACAUAUACAUUUCUACUAUAAUAGAGCGCUAGUAUCGUUAUCUUUUUCUAAUAGUGACAAAUAUGAUAAGUUAUCUCUUUCUAAAAUUAGGAUAGUAUGCAUGAGCGUCGUUACACAAUUCUAUAGGGAGGGGAAAAAUUUUGAAAAACAAAGAAAAUGAAAAAUAAAAGAGCAGUACAAAUUAAAAAAAGUUUUUAAUAAAUAAAAUAAGCCAACAAAAAAGACAAAAACUAAAAUAAAAAAAACAAGAAACUUAACACAUUUUUAAAAAACUAGCAGGAGGUGUGAAAUAAAAGAAAAAUAUGAACAAGAAAACAGAGCCAUACAUAAUAUUAAAAAAAAUAAAAUAUUUAUAGAAACACAAAAAAAACUCACUCAAACACGUCGACGAACACUAGCAAAUUUUUAAUUUCUUCUUCCUCUAUCUAAAAUAAUCGAUAACACAAAACAUGAUUUCUUUUUAAUUUUUUGCGAUUAUUUUUCGAUGUACGCUCAUCAUGUAAAGCGCAGUCAACCUAUUCGCUCUGUGCGUGAAAGCAGCGCCAACUAAUUCAUGAACUAAGGAACGAUAUUUGCGUAUACUGACAAUACAAUUUUUAAUGGAGUUUCUAAUUAAAAAAUAUAUAUGUUGAUUUUAAUAAAAGUAUAUGGAUUUGUAAAACAAGUAAAAAAGUUAUUUAUUAUAUAUUUUUAUUGCUUCAGCAAAAAAAAAAAAAUAAUAAUAAUAAUAAUAAUAAUAAUAAUAAUAAUAAUAAUAAAAUAAUAAUAAUUUGACAUUGAAGACUAGGUUAAAUAAUGUGAAAAUAAAAACAUUACCAUUAUAUAAUAACGUAGUAUCAAAACGUAUUAACAAAAAUAAUUGGUUUUGUAAUUGUAAUUUAUAUUUUUUUCAUUUGUAUUUCGAAAGAACCCAUAGAAAUUAAUGAUUAAAAUUGGUUUCCUAUCAAUAAGUCACAAGAUUGCAUUUCAGCCAUAUACAAUAAUUAAAGGCAGAAAACUAAUCUUUGCUGAACAUGUAAGAGUUAAGGCAUGUUGAACAAUAUUGUAAAAUAAUAAUUUAUUGUUUAUUUAAAAUCUUUCAAUUUUCUGAUGUCUACUAUUUCCAGUAUUAGUGUUAUUAUUACAAAAAUAAAGAUUUUUCUUUUUAUUGUACAGCUAUCAAUUUAUUUCUUUGAUUUAAUUUCCAUUUUGCUACUGAAAAUUUAUAUAAUUUACACUGUUUUUUCUGCUAGUAUUUUUACAAUUUACAACACAGCAACUGCUAUUGCUUUUUGUUUUGUUUUUAUAUGUUAGAGAAAAUAAUGUGGAAAUAGUUUGGUAAAAGGUGUCUAUUAACGAAUUACUAUUUGAACAAACAAUACUAAAAUUAAAAUAGCAGGUACGCACAUUACUGACAGACCUUAUUGACAGACGACAAUACAGGUAGUCAUCUUCAUAAAACAAAAGUAACUAAUUCAGACAGGGUUGCCAACUAUAAUAGAUACGGGUAUUUUAACAUUACCUACUUUAAAAAAAAGUAAAAUGUAUAGGUACGUGUAAGAUAUGGAUAUGAAAUAA